AUGCAUCCGAUGUACGUGGUCACGGCUGCCACCAAGUUGGACACUGCUAACUUGUGUGCAGCGUUAUCCAGCUCACGAAGAGAAGAGGCUGCCAGGCCGAAGAGUCGGGAUGCAAUACCCAUCCAUCAUUUGUUGAAUGCCCCUGAUGGGGAUGAUCUGGCUCCCCGGUUCCCGAUUCGAGACACACCUCCAGGCGGUGAAGGUGACGAGGACGAUGUGACGGUCAACGAUGCAGAGGACUCGUCCGAAGCUUCGCAUUGGAGCGAGGACUAUGAAUCCCACGACGUCUUUGCCGGUGCAAGUCUGGCCGAUUUGGACGGCGUAAAUUUUGACUCUUUCUUCGGAGGCUUCGAGAGCCUGACGUUUGGCUCGUAUCCCCUGAACGCCGAUAUACAACACAUUACUAGUGGGUCGGGUAUUGUGUCGGCUGCUGCCCUGACGCUGGAGCCUCGCGCCUAUGAGAUUAGACAGUUGUUGAUGAGCGCAGCCACCAAGUUUGCAAUCGAGUAUCCGGACAGUCCUCAGCUCGCGCACUUGGAGACAAACAUCGGACUCCUCACCCACGUCGAAAUAGACCACUGCCUCAAUCUAUUCUUCAACAACUACUACCGGCACUGUCCGAUCAUUCAUCGCCCGUCGUUUCAGCCAACGAUUGCCCCUAUACCCCUUGUGCUGGGCUGUGUCGCUCUCGGGGCCAUGUAUUCAGACCCGACGAAAGUCGCUUGGAUGAAGGGUCUUCUGGACCUUAUCGAGUCAUACAUCUUCUCGCUGCCAGAGGUAAGGGACGAGUUCUUUGGCACGCUAGGGGUUUUGGAAGCACCAGACGAGGAUGCCGUGGAAUAUCACUUUCAAUUAUUUCAAGGGGCCUAUCUUGUGGUCAUUGUCCAGUACUUCUCAGGCAAUCUCGCCGGUCGUAGAAGAGCCAGGAGGCAGAGGUUCCCUUCAAUGCUGAGUCUCGCUCGAUAUUUCGGCUUGCCAUCAGCGCAGCAUUCGAACGUUGUUGCAAUACCGGAUGACAUUGCUUUUCAGCGCUGGGUGCGGAUUGAGGCACGCAUUCGGACGAUGAAUGUGAUUCUCGCCCUCGAUUCGGCCAUGGGCAUUUUUAACAAUGUUCCCCCGCGCAUCAAUUACUGCGAAGUCGACCUCCAGCUGCCGUGUCAUCCCGAAUAUUUUGAGUUGUCAGGCUAUGCGGAGAUGUUGCAACAGGGUUCAUUUCCUCGUCCGCGGAUGAAGUUGAUCGAAGCUUUCCAGAAACUGUUCGUCCAUCCUAGCGAGCUCAAGGCGGCAUAUCAGAACGAGAACUUGUGUUGUUGGGAUAUGCUUUACCUAACCCACGUGUUGUACACCCACUGUUGGCAGCAUCUCUUCGGAAACCCGCUCAAUCGAAUAUCGGCCACUUCGCUGGCUGCGGAACCGCAUGUUGUAUACGAACCGAUGAAGAUUGCCCUGGCCAACUGGAAGACCCUGUGGGAUGAUGUCCGUGCCAAGCUGACUCGCGCCAACGUCAGCGAAAUGGGGUUUGAAACUUCAGCCGAUAGUUAUUGGACGCUUGUCAAGAUGAUUGUGUUGAGAUUCGAACACAAGAAAAGCGCCAGCAGCACCUCCAGUAGCAUAAACGGGGCACCUACAAACUCCUCGGGCGGGUUUGCCCACAGAGAGGGAGGAGCCAGUGACGAUGGGAUGAGCGAGUCGAGCAUGAACGGAAGGGCAGCAAGGGGUGUGAGUCCUCCCUUGGAUUUUAUGCCUCUUGAGGCAGACUGCGACAGCCAAGGUGCACACUUGAGGAAGAUUCUACAGAGUACGACGGUCUAUUACGAACUCGAUGCUCCGGCUAGACGAGGUAACGCUUCGGAAAACAUUGGGAUGGUCUUCACAGUGAGCGUCGGAGAGUGCCUUGGUCUCGGGGACAUCUUGGAAACUACCAGCCAACCUCAGUCUCGCCGAACUUCUGUGAUUGAUGCAGUUCCUCGAAGUCCGGUCGAAGGUGUCGUGAGAAACGUCAGAAACGUUGCGACAAGCGCGGUCAACGACCUAGAGGGUGAUCAACGUCCAACACAAGAGCUUGGUUCAGUUGACCUGGGCGCCGUGACUGUGUUUCUCUACCCUGUGCCAUGUGCUCCGCCAAAGCGCCAAAACACAACCUCUCGAAUGCUGCGAGAGCCGAGGGGAUUACCCUAUGGACAAUGUCUGGGCACCGGGCUUGGACGUGUUUAUUGUGCUGCGAAUGUACCUCUUCAUGUGACCCUAGGUGGCUCGACUAGUGGCAGAGUAGACGUGGGAAUAAGACCCCUGGAACAGAGAAAGAUCUCCACGGUCAGGAAAGCCAGCCUGAAGCGGCGUAUCGGGUUCCGGCACGAGGCUGGGUACGACACCACGGCAGUUCGCAUUCGCGCAAUUACCCUCGGAAUCCUGGCGCGGCCAAGGAGUGCUCGACAGCCGGCAUCAGCAUUGUUUUGUGUGGGAGAGUUUUCUGAGGACCGUCCAGCCCAUGGGGAAAAUACCCAUCCAUCCUUCUAUCCACACCCUCGGAUAGGGACCACCACCACCGGCGACCACCAGCAUCCACCAACUAGAUUGGGGAAAUGA